GUCACAGAUCCACUACAGCCGCUCUCGCUGCUUGUGCCUCGGGGAUGGCGUCGUCGGGCCAUGCUGCUGCCGCUGGUCUCUGCAGGGAUGACGACUGCUAGGAUAGCGCUUACACCGGCUACCCAAUGCUGCUGGGGGGCGAUUGCAAGCUUUGGGCGAGCAGCAGCAGCGACGUCGCUCAGGCCGCAGCGUCCCAGUCGGAGUAUAUCGACAUCGAAUACGUGCCUACCGCCCCCAGCGCAAAGCUCCUGGAUUCCAUCAGGCGCAUCAGAUGGGCCUGUGGAUCCAGCCCAACGUCGAGCGCCCGGUGGACCUUCCCAGUCACCACCCGGACGAAGUUCACGACUGGAGCGGUUGGCCGAAGUUCCCAGCCAAGGACAACGCGGAUCAGAAGCGUGCAAUCGUGCCGAGUCUGCUGGCCAUGGUUCCCCACGUCGCGCUCGUCAACAAGCACGAGUUCCUGCUGCCUAAGAUGGAACUGCUGAUCGACACACAGGGCAGAUUCAUGCAUCCAGCACCUUCGUUUCGCUGUACAAACUUGGUGGACGCCUUGCAGUACACGGCCUGGCUCAGCUUUAUGGAUGCCACUGGGGGCGAAUGCGUUGGUCAGUACUUCCACCCGGAUUCAUCGCAUCCCGGGUCGUCGUGGAACGGCUGGGUGCUGUCGUUUACUCGGCUGAAGCUCUUCUCCAACGACUGCUUCACCACAGAACCACCUCUGAUCGCUCUGAAGUGUAACAACAGUUACCGUGUCCAAGUGAACGUUCGAAUUGUGGACAACAGCAGACACAUCCUCAGCACGUUGGUCGUCCGCCAAUUUGUCAGAUCACUUUGUUGCUGUCACCCAUUUUCACAAGAAAUCUAGUCUCUCGCGUCCACGCAACAAGUGGUUCAAGACCAAAGCGUGCUAAUUUAAUGAGGUAUAUAUUUUGCACUGUUUUCACAACAUUGUGGCUUUCAUUGCUUGUGUAAUAACACUAAU